UCUCAGGGCUGCAACUAGGAAAGCCCAGGACGGAGCUACACGGCGGGGGUACCGCGGAUGCAGGCUGCGCGUCUGGGAGGCGGCGCUGCCUUUUCUUCCACGUCAGGUCUGGAGGAAUAUGCCCAUUGGUUUUGAACUGAUGCUUUGUUAAGAAGAAACACCUGAAAUACUGCUCCGCUAGUUUAAAGAGAGGAUCGUCCACGCCGGAGCGAUCGUUUAGCCGGUCCGUUAUUUAAUCGAUAUAUUUGGGGAGACGAUGCUGCCGUGUCCGUCUUCGCCCACGCCGGCGAGCGACAGCACCGGUUCCGAUGAGAAAGAUGCACAGAAAGUGAAAACGGAGUGCAUGAGGCUGACCGAGGAGAGGGAUGAGGCGGAGAGGCAGCUGAAACACAUCAAGCGAGUGUCCCAGAUGGUGAUCGAGGAGGUGAGUGUCCUGCAGACCCAGCUAGAGAUUGAGAAGUCCUGCAGAGAGAACGCCGAGGCUCUGGCCACUAAGCUCAACUGCGAGAACAAGAAGCUGAAGUACCUGAGUCUGUCUUCGCGGCCCUGCCUGGACGAGCUGCUGCCCAGCAUCUCUGACUGCAUCGCCCUGGAGGAGGAGUCUGAGCCGCAGGAAACCAGUCCCGACCCUUACGCACAGUACCAGCAGCAGGUCAAAGACCUCCAGGAGAUGGUGAACGCCCUGCUGGAGGAGAAGAAGCAACUGGGCUGUCAGCUGAAGGAGCAGCAGAGGGAGAUCGAGGAGCUGACGGCACGUAGGGAGAAGGACCAGCUGGAGAUAAAGGAGCUUCAGAAGACCAUGGAGCAGCAGAACAAGACCAUCAAGAAAUUUAACCGAGUGUCGAUGAUGGCUGCGCAGGAAUACGAGGGCUUGCGGGAACAGCUGGACCUGGAGCAGAGCCUGAGGCAGAAGGCGGAGAGCUAUGCACACGAGAUGCUGGUGAAACAGAAGGAGGCCAACCGGCAGAGCAUGGUACUGCUGCAGCAGUCUGAGCCCAGCCUCCAGCUGCUGAAGGCCCUCGAGGACCUGGCCCACCUCACCAAGACGCUUGAGCAAGAACGUCUGCAGCACCAGCAGAAGGUAAAGGCCCUCGAAGCAGAGCUGGAGGAGUGCGCCCUCCGCAGGCAGCUGGCGGAAGUUCAGAAACAGAUGGAGCUACUGGAGGAGGAGAAGCGGGAGGUCGAAUCUCGGCUGCAGGAGGUGGAGAAGCAGAACAAAACCCUGGAAAACCGAGUGCAAGAGCUACUGGAGACUCAGAAGAAGCUGAGUCCUGCACACAGGCCAGCCCCAGGGACUGCCCCUCCCCCUGCGCCCCCACCGCAGCCCCCUCCACCCCCUCCCCCACCCCCGCCUCCGCCCCCUCCCCCUCCUCCUUCACGGUGCAACCCCCUCAGCUCCCUAAUUGCCAUAAUGAGGAAGUCCUCCAAGAGCUCCAAGGGGCCGCUGAAGAUGGAACCAGCCCCACCGAGUGCUGGCAUGGACGACGUGAAGGUGAAGGCGGUCAACGAGAUGAUGGAGCGGAUCAAGCACGGGGUGGUGCUGCGGCCCGUGAAGGGACAGGACACCAAGAGAUUCGGCAUAAAGCCUCCCCUGGCAGGUGAAGAGAAGCAGCAGGAGAGUGCGAUGGAGGAGCUGAAGGGUAUCCUGGUACGGUGUGAAGAUGUCAUCAAUCCAGCAGCCAUGUUUGCUAAGGAGACGGUGAAGAGGAGCCCAAGCCGGGGCUUCCCAGAGGCUCCACCUAGCAAGAGGGACAGUGAGCUGGAGGUGAUUCUCAGGAGGAGGCGUAAGCAGGCCUGUGAUGCCACAGCUGGAGGUGAUGGCCAGUCUCACGGCGACCCCACCGUGCCCACGGCCCCCAGAACGUGCCCUGAAACCACACCCAAUCCUUCAAACUCAGAUGAGAAGGACAGUGAGAUCAGCAAGGUGUCCUCCUCCGAGAGCCUGAACGCCCGCCACAGCUCUGACUCGGGCAAAGAGGUGUGGGGGCCACGGCGAGGGGGCAGCACCAGGAGCUCCUCGUCGGACAAGGGCAUUUCUGAGCUGUUCGCCAAUGGCAGCUGUGACAGUGGGGAAGAGGAGAAGACAAAUGAGGAGAAGCCUGCACCAGCAGAGUCUAAUGGAGAGAAUCACACCGUCCUGAACCAGGAAAACCAGGCCAUGCUCACGCCAGGCUCACCAGAUGGUGUCAGCCCGCUGAUCGGGGGCACUGAUGCAGAGUGUUAACGUCAGUUCCAUAGGUGGUCACUAGAGGGCAGUGUUGAGCAGAGCUGGACAGGGCAAGGACGGUUGCACUAUUUGCACAGAACUUCAGUUUGUAACUUGAGACACAUGAUUUGAAGAGCUUUAGUUUUCAUUCUCAUUUUACCUGCACAGACAUCUGGUGUGGAUUUUUACCGAUUAAGGAAUGCACUAUUGUCCUGUUUAGUAUGCAACAUAUACAAUAGAUUUGUGCCCUUAUUCUCUCAUUAGGAAAAAUAGAAAAUUCAAACACUUGCUCUUUCACAUGUAAGAAUACCCAUUCACAUAUUUAUUUCACAAUUUCUAAAAACUAGCGUUUGAUAUUAUUAUUACUUUUCUUCUUAUAAUUACAUAAAUUAUUGCCUUCAGUUCUAAUUUUAUAACUGCAAUGUAUUAAUGCCUUCUUAAAAUAUGCUAAAACUGGAUCGACAUAUUAUCUCAGAACGCACUAAAACGCUUGAUGCGCCAACAACAAAAUGAUGACCACUGGUUGUUUUACAGUGGCCAUUAGUGAAAUCAACAGCGUUGAGCGUCGCACAUAAACAUACCCAGGGGCACGUGAACCCAGCUUUGAUUACUACACUCACGUGUCUCAUAUGUCACCUAAUGUCAGCAGAUCUAGUCGACCAAAAAAGGAUGGUGUCUCCACACACCUGGAAACAAGUGCUAAUGUAUUCAGCCUACCUCCAAACAGACACACUUCACCUCCUGACUAAUCCUAAAUUGUACAUCUACUAGCUUCGGAAAAAUGGGUAAUAACUGGAAGGGAGCGAUACCACACAGUUAAAAAAAUGUCUUCCAUUCCUUCCUUAGAGGAUCUUGCACUUCUAAGUGACCGCCUGAGAAUUCAGGGGUAAAGCAUCCGCUGUGACAUUCUCGUUGCCUCACUGGGGACCAGGUGCUAUAUCUUGCGGUCAAGCUAUAUGUGGAUGUGCGGAAGGCACAGCAGUCGAGGAGCUGAUGGUACUUGCAGUGAUAGCCAAAUGAUAGCUUCAUGAACCGUUUACGUUUUUUCUGACCCCAAUAGAUGGCGCCGUCUGUUCAAAAAAAAAAGGCUCAAAGCAUGGCCCAAAGCAAGCUAAAGAGCGCCACCUAGUGGGAUCAAAAAUAUAGCAUUUGGUUCAUAGCUUCAUUUGGCCAUCACUACUUAUUCGCAUUAAGGCACUGUUGGGGUGAUGGGGCAGAAUCACGCCACCUUCAGACGUGACUCUGCAACAGUGCUGUCUAUGCCUUGGAGUGUGUGGACUGAAACAAAAAGCUGGAAGAUCUGUUACUCCAUAUCUGCAAUAAAAACGAAACAUUUCCAUAAUGCAGAACCAAUUAUAAAUGCGUGCCCCCUUCCAAUCAACGAAAAUUAAUUUAAGAGUGAUUGACCUUAUCUAUUUGCUUGCUGUCUAUUAAAGUGAAAAGAUGUGGACAGAGGAGAUCUGAACAUCUGAACUUUGGGCUGUGGCAGGAAGCUACGACAGGGAUGCUUCUGUCCACCUCUCAUAAAAUUUCUAUAUCAGGAUGUCCUUGAUUUGCAACGAUUGGCUAUCAACCUUUUCAAUUCCUUAAAGCUGCCUUUUAUUUUGACAAUUCGUUAACACUAUUGUAAUUAUUUGUUUGUGCGAGUGUGCUUGUACCUUGACUAAAGUGUGUGUUUAAGAUGGAAAACAGAUUGUCCUCAGUUAAUAAACCUUUUCAUCGCUUUCAUAAUCAUUAAGCAUUCUUUUUUAGUUAAAGGAAAUAAACGUUUGGCCAUUGAAAUA